AUGGAUUCAGGGAACAAAAGCGGUGGACUCGACAAUCCCACAUUUGAUAUGAAUGAACGAGUCAAUGAUCAGCCCAAAGGAAAGGAGGAAAAUACAUGCGGGAGCUGCAUUGUAGCAGAGGAGGACAGAAAUAAACCAACCUAUUGUGUGACGGACGUUCCUCCCUGGUACCUUUGUAUUUUUCUGGCCAUGCAGCAUUACCUGACAGCAUUCGGUGGGAUCAUCUCCAUCCCCCUCAUUCUCUCGGAGGGGCUAUGUCUGCAGCACGACAGCCUGAGCCAGGGUCGCCUCAUUAACACCAUUUUCUUCGUCUCUGGCCUGUGCACCCUGCUGCAGGUCACCUUCGGCAUCAGGCUUCCCAUCUUACAGGGGGGUACAUUUGCUUUGCUGACCCCUGCCAUGGCCAUGCUGUCCAUGCCGGAGUGGGAGUGCCCAGCUUGGACCCAGAACGCCAGUCUGGUCGACACGUCCUCACCUCUCUUCGUAGAAGUGUGGCAGACCCGCAUGAGAACACUGCAGGGCUCUAUCAUGGUUGCCUCCCUCCUCCAGAUCCUGGUCGGUUUCUCUGGCCUCAUCGGCUUCCUCAUGCGCUUCACUGGCCCCUUAACCAUUGCCCCCACAGUCUCUCUCAUAGGCCUGUCACUGUACGAUUCAGCCGGAGACAAGGUUGGAAGCCACUGGGGCAUCUCUGCUAUGACCACAGUGCUGAUCAUCCUGUUCUCCCAGUACCUCCGUCGCAUACCAAUUCCUGUUCCUACAUAUAGCAAAAGCAAGAAACUGCACACCUCGAAGUUCUACAUCUUCCAGAUAAUGCCUAUUCUGCUGGGAAUUACUGUCUCAUGGUUAGUGUGCUACCUCCUCACCAUCUAUGAUGUCCUGCCAUCUAAUCCAAGCCAGUAUGGGUACCUUGCCCGAACUGAUGUGAAGGGAAAUGUGGUGAACGAUGCUUCCUGGUUCACAUUUCCUUAUCCUGGUCAGUGGGGCAUGCCAACUGUCAGCCUGGCAGGUGUAUUUGGCAUUAUGGCUGGAAUAAUAUGCUCCAUGGCGGAGUCUGUGGGCGACUACCAUGCUUGUGCCAAGCUGUCGGGGGCCCCUCCUCCCCCGAAGCACGCCAUCAGCCGGGGAAUUGGUGUUGAAGGGCUCGGCUGUUUGUUGGCAGGAGCCUUUGGCACAGGCAAUGGCACGACCUCCUUUAGUGAGAAUGUGGCUGCCCUGGGUAUCACCAAGGUGGGCAGCCGGAUGGUGAUUCUUCUGAGCGGAAUUUUCAUGCUUUUGAUGGGGAUGUUGGGUAAAAUUGGAGCAAUCUUCACAACCAUCCCCACCCCUGUGCUUGGAGGCAUGUUCAUGAUCAUGUUUGGAGUCAUAACUGCAGCAGGGAUAUCUAAUCUGCAGUUCACAGACAUGAAUUCCUCCAGGAAUAUAUUCAUUUUUGGUUUUUCCAUGUUUUCUGCACUCGUCGUUCCAAACUGGAUAAUGAAGAAUCCUGAUUUCUUCAAAACAGGUGUUGAAGAACUAGAUCAAGUUGUACACAUAUUGUUGACCACCCAUAUGUUUGUCGGAGGGUUUCUUGGCUUCUUCCUUGAUAACACAAUUCCUGGGACCAAACGUGAGCGUGGCCUCUUAGCCUGGAACCAAGUACAUGAUGAGGACUCUAGUAGCACCUUGGGAACAGAAGACGUGUAUGACCUCCCCUUUGGCAUCACCUCUUGCCUCUCGUCCCAGUCUUGGGUUCGCUACAUUCCUUUUUGCCCGCAGAACGGCCACAGAACUCAUUCCAGGCCUGAGGACAAGAGUAUGUCACAGAGCCAGGGGAGUCACAGCCCAGAGGUCAUUGAUGAAAUUCCUCUAUAA